GUAUACACCAAUCAGCUGACAGGGGCAUGAUUCAGUCAACAAGAAACAGACGGAAGAGAAUAAGCUACAGAAUCGCGGGGGUACUUUUAAUGCUUCAACAUGUCUUACCAGUCAGGGACAGAUGCUGAUACAAACCGCCUUGCACAGACCAUAGGUUCAAACAUUCAGAAGAUUACACAGUACACUGCUGAAAUCCAAAGAAUUGUAAACCAGCUUGGAACACCACAGGACACCACCGAACUGCGGCAGCAGCUCCAACAGAAACAACAGUAUGUUAAUCAGCUAGCCAAAGAAACAGACAGGUAUAUGAAAGAGUUUGGAUCUUUUCCACAGACAGCAGAACAGCGCCAAAGAAAGAUCCAGAAAGAUCGUCUAGUUGGUGACUUUUCUAAUGCAUUGGCUGCUUUCCAAAAGAUUCAAAGACAGGCUGCUCAGAAAGAAAAGGAAUUUGUAGCCAGAGUGCGUGCCAGCUCAAGAGUGUCUGGUGGUUUGCCAGAUGAUGGAGGCCUGGUGUCCUUUGAAAGUGAAAACCGGCCCCAAGCACAGGUACAAGAUGAUGCUAUUAGAGAAGAGGACCUCAUGCUUAUCAAAGAAAGAGAAACUUCCAUAAGGCAGCUGGAGUCUGAUAUUAUGGAUAUCAAUGAAAUCUUCAAAGAUUUGGGAAUGAUGAUUCAUGAGCAAGGAGACACAAUUGACAGCAUAGAGGCCAAUGUAGAAACUGCUGAAAUACAUGUGCAGUCAGCCAACCAUCAGCUGUCCAGGGCUGCAGAAUAUCAGAGCAAAUCCCGCAAGAAGAUCUGCAUUCUAAUUGUGGUUCUCACAGUACUAGCUGUUGUAAUUGGACUAAUCAUCUGGGUUGCUGUGAAAAAUUAAAGAUGCUACAACAAAGUGCAUGUUUAAAUAUUCUUAAGCUUAUGUCACAGGCAGAAUGUUUUUACCAGUUUUUCAUCUCCUGCAAGUUUGCCAAAAGAGUAGCCAAAGUUUGUAAGAAUAUAAAAAAAAGCUUAACGUGUGCUAAAAAAUUAAAAGUACUCUGUGUA